UGCACGCACUGGCAAACUCAUAUCAAGGUUAUAAUCAGUCCGCCACAGAAGGUAUUUAAUUCCAACGUUUUCCUCUACUGCUCCAGUUUAACUUGAACCAUUUUGUUACACUGGAGGCGAACGGGGCGACAUAUUCAAGCUUCGGACGUCGCUCAAUUGUACGUGUAGACCUCCAAAAUGGCGAUGUUUUCUUUCUUCGCUGUGAUCCUGAUUGUCUUCAUUUCAACAAGUUUUGCUUUUGGAGGACUUAUGUUUCCUCAUGGUGAACAGGAAGGAGACGCUAUUGUUGAACCAAACGACGAUGGCAGUUCUGGGAUGGUGCCAAUCUCCACUCUCUUCCCAUAUUUUGACCACAACCAUGACUCUCUCUUUGUGAACACGAACGGCGCCAUAUCAUUUCUCAUCCAAGUUUCGUCCUACACCCCGACACCAUUUCCACUUGGCGGCGGCAGGCGAGUGGUGGCGCCGUUCUGGGGUGACGUGGAUGCCAGAUAUGGCGGCAACGUGACCUAUCGUGAACUUAUCCGUGUUCCUCAGAGUGAUCAGCUGUUCUCGCAAGCGGAUAGUGUCGUCAGAGGAACCUUCGUUGAUCAGUCGAGGUUCUCGGCCACCUGGAUGUUCAUCGCAACCUGGAACAAAGUGCCCUUCUUUGGAGCAAUUGGGCACAACGCCUUGAAUAUAACAAACACAUUUCAAGCCGUUCUGGUGACCAACGGAAGACACUCCUACGCCAUAUUCAAUUACGAAGAAAUCAAAUGGACUACUGGUACAGCAAGCGGUGGCAACAACGUCGGGCUUCAAGGAACACCCGCGCAAGUUGGGUUUAAUGCUGGCGAUGGCUUCACAUUCUACGCUGUUCCUGAAUCCAGGACAAACGCAAUCGUUGACAUCGAUCAAGAUUCGAAUAUUGGCACCAGAGGGCGCUUUCUGUUCCGGAUUGACAGCAGUGAUAUCGUCGAUUCUGGCUGCAACACUGCAGGGACUCUAGCUGUCUUCCCCGUUUCUGGCUCAAUGCUCGGCGGAGAUAUUGUCCACAUUUCCGGACCGUGUCUCGACGAAUCCUCCACAAUCGUGUGCCGAUUUGCUGAUGUUGAAGUACCCGGGCAGGUGGUUUCUAACACCACAGCCAGAUGCGUCAGCCCACUAGUAUUUGAAGUCGGUCGUCUGCCACUAAAAGUGUCAACUAAUGGCGGCGAAUCCUUCGAUUUCACUGGAAUAUUCACCUACCUGAGCCCAGAAGACGUUUCUCCAUUUGUCAAGAGACUCGAUGCUGCAGAAUGGCACCAGAAAGACCCACUGAUCGUUGUUUGGGAUACCGAGUUAUUCCAAGAAUAUGUGGACUAUGUUCGGAUCUCUGUCUAUGGUUACGGGGAGGAUCUGGCAACGGGGGCGGUGAAGCUUCAGUCGGUAUACAGCAGUAGUCAAAUGGUGCCGUACAACGUAGGCGUAUUCAGAUUCAGCCGCCCUGAAGCCCCAGAUGGAGUCCAAUACACAGUGGGUGUUGUCCGUGUUUCUCAGUACGGAGCAAAGGGUCAAAAUGAGCUGACCCUACCAGGGAUGUGGAGCGACAUCCACAACCUCCACUGGCUCUAUCCAGUCCCUGACCCUUCAGCAUGGUGUGAUGGUUGGGCGGAGGAGGCUAGAUCGGACUUGGACUUCCUUGAAGUGACUGAGCCGUGCCCCUGCACGCUGAUCCAGGCUCUUGUUGAUACCGGUCGGUUUAGCCAGCAUCCUCUCUGCAGCCUGGAUGCACCACUCGGUUGUGAACUCUUCAAGCCUGGAGCUGUACACUGCGUUAGAGCCGACUCACCGAGUGAGAAGGGAGGUGGGCAAGAGUGUUGCUAUGGGAACGAUGACAAAAUUCUGAACGUUUUGAGGUCGUCAGGUGGUGGUUUCGCUCACCGUAGACAUCACGGAGGAGUUGUUCCAUAUAAGGAUGCUGGUCGUGUUCCCUACCUCUCUCACUGGAUAUCUGACACUCUGCCAUUUGAGCAUUGCUGCGUUUUCUCUGAAGAAUCAUGUCAGCUGUAUAAAUUUGUGCGACCUUCCCAGACCUGCGAAGGCUACACAGCGCCUGCACCAGCAAUUACUACCGGUGAUCCCCAUCUGAUUACCCUGGAUGGCGUAGAGUACACAUUCAAUGGAGUCGGUGAAUACACCAUGCUGGAAGCAUGCAAUGGUUCGUUCGUUAUGCAGGCAAGGAUGGCUGUCCUCCAGAUAGGAACACCCGCAACUGUUGUAACUGCCCUGGCGGCCGUUGAUACAGGAACAUCAGAUCAGAUUCAGGUUGAGGUUAGCAAUCGGCGCGGUAUGGAUGUUUGGUAUCGCCAGGAAGGAAAUGGAAGUGACUGGACUAUGCUAGAGUUUGACGACUCCCAGAGUCGACGGGUAGAUCUGGAAGGUGUGGCGGUCUUCUACAGGGAGGUAAACAACUCGGGCGUGAUGACCAAGAACAUCCACGUGAAUUUCAAGUGUGGAGUGUCGUUAGUCGUUUCAACUACGUCCGGGUUGCUUAACGUGUUCACCUCGCUGCAGCAGGAACUGAAAGGGCGAACCAGGGGACUGUAUGGUAACUGGAAUGGAGAGAAAAAUGACGACUUCGAAAGGCCAGACGGCACCAUUUUACCAGUUGACGCGACCGUGCAAGAGAUACACAGCGAGUUCGGUCAGAAAUGGCAAAUCGAACCAGAGGAUUCCCUCUUCAGAUAUCCCAGAGGCAAGGGUCCUUUUGAUUACAGUGAUGAGACAUUCACACCGAGCUUCAUGUCACCUGAGGCAGCUCUCACCGGAGAAGCGCGGGAGAUUUGCGGCAAUAUUUCACAAUGCGCUUUCGAUUGGGCUGUGACCGGCAACAGUGACAUCGCCAGGGCGACUGGGGGCGCUGUUGCUCACUACAGAGCCGCUAUUGAAAGUGCAUCCAUAGUGAUCUGUGGUUCUGUUGCCAACCCAGCAAACGGGAGGAAAGAAGUGUCUCGUGGCAGCGUGGGCGGAGUAGCCAGCUUCACCUGCGAUGAUGGAUACACCUUGCAAGGGGACAAUGAACUCGUGUGUCAAGAGAACGGCCAGUGGAGUGGUGAAGUCCCAAUUUGUGAAGCAUCAGGGUUGCAGGCUUGGCAAAUAGUCGUCAUUGUCGUGGUAUGUUGCUUGGUGCUGAUUGCAGUUGCAGUGAUUGUCAUCUUGGUUCGGAGAGCAAGAAAAUGAAAAUCCGCUGCCCAAGCAUGAAUCAUCAGUGACUUCGGAGAACCUCAAGACGAAUAUCAUUAUAGGGUGCUUGGCUUUAUUUGAAUAUUCGUAGUUAUAUGCUUUUGUUAGUAUAUGCCUUUAUAGUGGAUUUUGACUAAAAAGAUUACAGUUUGAUCUGAGAAGUCGAUUAAAUAAUACUGUCCCUACACUUCAACAAAUUACUUAUUAUUGCUCGUUCCAGUUUGACGACCAAUUAUUAAUGAUGUACUUUUUUCGCAAUACUCUCAAUGAAUUUGUUAUUUGUUCUGCUUUUCACUUUUAGUGCACAAAAGAUAUGCCUGAAUAAUUGUUGGGGGCCAAAUUAUCCAAGAAUUGUAUAAGGUUAUUAUCUCAAACUAGAAGUGUGAAGAAUGUUAUUUUUCGUGACUAUCUGUUCAUAAUCGAAAAAAUGAUAAAGUUGCCACACUCGAACUGAUUCGGUGUCUUCUCCAAGUGGCCGAUCCAGUAAGCCCCGUCCCCUGGUGUCCUGACCAAUCACAGCCGUGAUUUACGUCUGACAUGCGCGCACAUAUUAAGUCCGACAUGCGUGCACGCGCGUAUGACGCGCGUGGCUGGAACAUGAAGUGUAGCAUUGGAGAGGAGCACGUGUUACUUGCCAACGUGCGCAGUGGGCGGGGCUUACUGGGUCGGUCUGGUUCUCAGACCAAACUUGAGGAUCUAUCUGAUGAAUGUAAAAUUCGUCAGAAAUAAAAGUCGGAAUCUUUUGAACUGGGAACCAGACUAUGGUCUCCCCCAACUCUCCCUUUCUUGCCGGUGAGGGGAUAGGCUAUUUGUGAACGAAGCUCAUACGGACAGGUUGAUUAACGACCUAUUUUUAUAUAGUCUUUUGCUCUUUUCGGCGGUUAAAAAAUGGAACACAAAAUUCGUUAUAGGUCUGCUGAAUGAACAGUUAUAAUAUAAACGCAGGAAUAUCGCCUUUACGCGAUGUUUAAUGCAGUAUUUUGUAUAUAUUUUGUAAGACGUGUGGUUUGCGCUUAUUUUAUGUUUAUUUAAUUCAGUGUACUUCACUGGGCUGGGGUGAUUAAGUUAGAAGACUGUCAUUAUAAAGGUUAGAUAGAACAUGGAGGAAGGAAACAAUACCAAUAUGCGUUAUUCACGAGUCGGUAAUAUUAUACUGAGAGCGAGGUAAAAUCUUCACUUUUGGAA